CUUCUGGCUUUCGAUCAUCUUUACACGACUAUACCGACAACACCAUAUCUUCGUUACAAGUACGACGAGCGCAUACCUAAAACAGUCACCAUGACUGAAACCUUAUUUUAUCGAGCGUCUGUUCAAGGAACUUGCUCGCUCUCCCAAGAAUCGACACCAAUUUGGCAUCAAUUCACCGGCGUACCACAGUACUGACAGCAUUCUCCCGGUAUCACCCAUACAGUGUCGCCUUUUCCCAAACAGGUAGAACAACGGCAGCCAGGUACCUAUGCAUGCCGAUUAGUGCUAGUGCGAUAGUACAGAGAAGUGGGAACGUCCGGACCGGCGAGAUCACCAUGAUCUUUUCGGGCAUUUCGACCAAAGCCAUCAUCUUCGUAAUAGCGACCUGGAGGUCUACGACAAAUAUUGGUCGCAUAUCAACUGAAAGGGACGGAUGCUGGCGUGUGAAAAAACCAGCAAUAGCGCAGUGGCUCGGACAUUGGAACAAACGCAGUUUCAUACGCGCUAUCGCUACCUUUUCAGCUUUACUAUCACGCAAUGGUAAUAACUCUGCAAGGUUCUUGAUAUCCAUAUAUCCUAAGAUUUGCAGGCUGGACAUGUCCGCUGCUCCCGUAGCUGCACCUAUCGCCUCGUUGAUGAGCGUAUACCAAUCGUGCUCGGGUGAACGAAAAGGCAGGAGGACAGUGACGCAAUUACUGCUAUCAUACAUUCUCCUGCGACGCAUCAAUCGAGUAGGCAGAAUUAGCGCGACCUGCACUGGCAACCAACAGCAGCGCGCUCUGGUCUUUGCGAUGCCAACGCUACGCACAGGGCUUGUUCCCAUCGGCCUUACUUGCCGACAUCCCUGUCAAUCGAAAUGUGGCAACUCUGCUCGUACAGCCGAUAUGCAGUCUACUUAUUUAUAUUGCGUCCUACCCCCACGGCUCACGUCUCGUGCACACAUGCGCCAAUCCGAUGGCCUCAGCGAACAGCCCCUCCCACGCUCAUGUUAGACAGCUGGCUGCUAGAUUUGACUCGGAUCCGUGCGACGUACCACUGUCAGACAUCGAACUGCUUGGACUCUGCCACGCUGUCAGAAUUCACCGCAAGAUAGCGGGUGAAACUGCGAUGCCAGAGCCCAGCUUGCACCGUCUAGUUAUGCUUUGCAACAUGUGCGACGCGAUAACUUUUACACAACAUCGGAUCUAUUCUGAACGCAAACCCACUUACAACAUUGCGAUGCGCACAACGUUGCUUAAUAGAGUAGGGUCGAGAACUUCU